UUCCCACCCACAAUGCAUCACCGCAGCAGCUACAGCUCUGCCAUGUUUGUACCCUGAUCGUGGAUGGGAGUCACUGCCGCAUUGAAUCUGUUCGGUUGCUAGUCUCGUGUUUUGCACUAUCCUGCGGCUAAAAUACUGAAGAUUAAAUGCAAUCCCCACUUUUAUAGUCAGACUCCAAGCGUGACGCGCAGUGCAACAUGUCAGCCAACGCUCCGGAUUAUGACUUUGAUGAAUAUGACAAACCCGGUGCUGAGCGGUCACGCAGGAGGAGAGGUGAAGAUGAUGAUCUAGAGAGUGAUUUGGAAGAGGAUUUAUUGGAGGAGGACUGGCUCUCAGGUAAAAAGAAUCCAUCGGAAGUGUCAGAUGAGGAGCUGAAUGAUGACCUUCUACAAAGUGAUGAUGAAGAUGUAAAUAUGAGUGGUCAGGAUGUGAGCCUCAAUGCCACAUACAGCUUGGGCACAUCCUAUGACCAGCAUGACACCUCGCAGGAAGCAGACUACACAGAUGACGUUGUGAACCUGGGCGCAGAGGGCUAUGAAGAAGGGGAUGUAGAGGAGGAGGGGUAUCGGCAAGAGGAGUACACAGAGGAAUACAGCCAGGACAACAACGCAGAGAUGCCUGAAGACCAGAUGGAUUACACUGGAGAGCAAGCUGAGGGUGAAGAAGGCUACCAGGAUGAAGUGUUAGACAUCCAAAUCAAUGAGCCCUUAGAUGGUGAAUUUCAAGAUGAUGAAUAUCAAACCUCCUAUGAUGAUGAGCCUCUGGAUGAACAUGGAGUCCAACAGGGGGAGGCCCCCGAGGAGGAGGAGGACGUGGUGGGGGGAGAAGAGCAGCAGGAAGAGGAGGAGGAAGACACUGCAGAGGGCUCUCAGGUCUUUGACACAGAAGAGAUUGAAAAUGAAGCUGUGGCUGAAGAAGAAACAAAGGAGGAAUCAGAUGAGGAGGAUGAGGAAGAUGAAGAGUCCGGUCGCAUACGGUUCAAAUCUGAGAGAAAAGAUGGCGCUGUUGUGCGGUUGGCUGAUGCAGGCAGCAAAAGGAGGAAUAUCCCUGAAACGUUAGAACUGUCAGAGAAGGCCAAGCAAGAUCUUAGGGACUUUGAGGAACAAGAACGGCAGAAGAGACAAAACCGUUAUGGAGGCCGAGGUAGGGGAGGAGGCUGCGGCGGAGGAGGAGGGCGAGGAGGCAGAGGAAGAGGCGGCUUCCAUGGCUUUGGAAUGGCAGAUUUUAGAGGAGGACACAGAGGAAGAAUGAAUGACCAGAGGCUCCCCCUCAUGGGAAACAUGGGAAUGCAGCAGCCAUCCUCCCGAAUGCCUCCUCCUCAUCAGCCUCAUCAGCAGCAACUGCAGUCCCAGCAGCACCACCCUUCACGUCCAAGAGGACCUCCUCCUUUCCAAGAGCAUGGGCGCCCGCUGGCCCAGCAGCCCCUUCAGCCCCUCAUCCCCCCACAUAUGGCUCACCGCUCCCCGCCGCUGCGGCCCCAGAUGGAGCCACCACCACGAAUGAUGAGCUCCCCGCCACCUCACUUCCCCCAGCAUCACCAGCAGCAACCUCCGCAGCCCAAAAACAUCCACAUCAACCCUCAUUUCAGAGGGCCCACAUCAUCCCCUGUACAAGUGCCCUUGAUGCCUCCUGCUCAGAGCCAGCCCAGACCUGCUGUGGGUCCUCAGAGGUUCCCUGGACCGGGAGACUUCCAGCAGCACAUGCCUGGUAAUUUUGGUCAGCCCCAGCGGCCCCCUCAUCACAUGGAACCCUUUAGGAACCAGCCACCUCUAGGCCCCCAGGACAGGGACCCCCUUUAUAUGGCAGAGCGCACAGAGUCAACACGGUUUCCAGGGCAGCACAUGUUUGAUCACCAGGGCCCCAGCCCUCUGAUGAACAGCGGCAACAACCUCCACCAGCAGCCGCAGCAUCUGCCUGGACAGGGCCACAUGGGCUUUGGCCCACCAGGACCAAACUUCAACCAGCCGGGCCAGGGCCCACUAGGACUGUUUCCCAGAGAACCCCCAAGACCAAACCUCCCUCCCCACCAAGGUCACCAAGGGAUGCUCGGCUUGAAUCAACAAGGUGCCCCCCCUAACCAGCCCAGACCUUUCAUGGGCCCUCGUCAGCCGUUUGGCCAGCAGGGGAACCUUUUUCCCCCUCCACAAGUUCAGUUUGGGAUGCAGGUACGACUAAGAGGACUAAUGCAUGGUCCUCCUGUCUCCCAGCUCCCACAUCACGACCCAAUGUCAUCUCAUCAGCCCAUGCACCAGCAGCAGCAGCAGCCACAUCAUAGGCAGGAGUUACCCCAUCACCAGCAGCAACAGCCAAAUCUCAACGAGCCUCGCCCCAUGAUGCACCAUGGCCAGAAUCCCUUCCAUCAACAGCAGGCGCAUGGUAGCCCCAGGCAGAUGACUCCCCGCCCUCAGAACCCCCAACAGCGCAACAUGUCCAACAGGCAGAGGAUGAACACACCUGUCUCCAAGCAAAUGCAGCAGCGCAACAGCAACCUACGGGAGCUCCCUGUAGCACCUGGCAACACAAACAUGAACAGUGCCCGCCCCACCGCCUCCCCCGCCCCCAACGUCAGGCCUGUUGCCAGGGCAACGCAGGGGGUGCGUCCUGGGCAGAACACUCAGCCGGUGCCUGACGGUGGCAGAGGAAGAGGCCAAGUUGCUGCCAAGACUGAAUCGCAGCCUGGGGGAGCAGGCAGGACAGUGGUUCGCAAGGAAAUCCCAAGCACACCGUCCAGCACGGCACCACAGGACCCUGAUGAGGAUGAGGAGACACGACAGUAUCGUCUGAAGAUUGAGGAGCAGAAGCGUCUGAGAGAGGAGAUCCUGAAGAGGAAGGAGAUGCGACGGCAGAUGCAAGCUGGUGUCAGAAAGAAGGAGCUACUGGAAAGGCUUAAUUCUCAGACAAACACACCAAGCCAAGGCCCUGCUCCUACACAGACUCAACCUGCACAGCAAAAUCCGCAAACACCACACCCUGUGCAGCAGCAACAGCAGCAACCACCACCACAGCAACACCUGGAACAAAAACCGCAGCAACAGUUUCAGCAACAACAACAGCAAAGACAGUUUCCUCAGAGAACACAACAAUCAUUAAAUCAAUCAUUAAAGAAUCCUAAUCAAGACACCCCCAUCCCUCCUAAUGGCGCAACUCAGACCCUUACACCACGUCCUAAUGUUAAGACACGCCUGCAGAUGGUAAAGGGUAGCACCCCGCAGCCCCCUGGGCCCGUUCCAGACCAGCAAUGGAAACAGCCACAACAAAAUCAGCAGCAGCUACAACAACGAAGGAACAGUGCUCUGCAGAACGUAAACAGACCUGGCGCUCCGAUCCAGUCCACUCAGAAGAACAUACCUGUAACUCCUUUAAUGGGCCCUGGCCAGGCUCAGAGUCAAGGACCUAAACCUGGGACUAAGAGAACUGUGAUGCAGCGAGCCAAGAAUCCUGCCGUUGAAGGUCAGCAGGUGCCGCAAAAAGUCAGAGUCGUCAAACUUUCAGGAGCGAGUGGAAAGGGGCCUGAGGCCACCGGCGGCCCAGCGCAGCAACAAGGCACCUGGCCGGCAACUGCGCUCAACCAGGGUGUCCAAAGGAAGGUUACCAUGGCAGGACAGCAGCAACAAGGACCAGGCGGAACACCGCAGGCUAGCCGAGGGGGCAUGGGCAACCCACAGCAAAACAGGGUUGUCGUGUCGGGCCGGGGCCGAGGUAGAGGGGGUGGUCAAAUGGGUCGAGGUCGUCCAAUGUCCACCAGACAGAGCCAAAGAGGCGCAGAGAGCGAACGCUGUACUGUCUCCAUAGAAGGCCUCUCCUCAUCUACAACGGACGUUCAGCUGAAGAAUCUUCUCAGAUCCAUCGGCCCCAUAGAGAUGUUCAAAAUGAUGCCUCAGCAGAGGAAAGCAAUUGCUACAUUUUCCAGUCCCCAGCACGCAGCAAGUUUUCAAAUGAGCUUCCAUAGGCACAUGAUUGAUUUGUCCCACAUUGAUGUGUCGCUGAUUGAUGGAUGAGGAGCACAAUAGAGCCAGGGAGUCCUGUUACAAGAAGUCACUUUCUCCUGACGUGGGAGCUUCUCGUGCGCAGCUCCAACUUGGCAUAGGAAUAUUUCUUCAGCCCUUCUGGGGUCGCUCACAAUCAACGUCUACACAGAAGCAUCAUUCAUCAUCAGUCUCCUAUCAGCUUGGAACAGUGAACACAAAGACAUAAGCUGCGAGCACGCCCAUGUUUGACUUUGUCUACCGAUUGUCCAUUGUUGUAAAGUGGCACUGGAGAGACACUGGACAGUUAAUCCUACUGUGAUGUAGUUUGUAAAGAAUGUUUUUGUGCAUCUUACGUGGACACUAAGUAAAACAUAUCAUGAGAUAAUGGUUGCUCCCCUCCUCAGUAAGAUUCAUAAUAACAAAUGCAAAAGAACACUUGAACAGUGUAAUUCUAAUGUGACCAUUUCAUAGUAUCUUUUCUUUUAUUAUUGUUAUUAUUUGUGGCUCACUGUUUGGUUUACAUGCAGGGAAUGGUUGUAGUAGACUGUUGCCUAUAUAUGUGGGCUCCUCCAUAGCAGUGUUUCUCCCCCUCUGUAGAUGGCAGUAUUUUAUCACUAUUGGUGCUUCCUUCUUUUUUUUUUUUUUUUCAACACAACCCUGGUUUCAGGUGGAGAUGAGUCUCCAAGCAGUUUUUGGGUGAAUGGCACUACCUAGUGGGGAAUUGGCAUACAGGCACAGAGUUGGCCUGGGUGGGCGAUUUAACAGAGGACACGUAGCAGUGACUAAAACCACAUUAGCACAGGAUUUAAUGUGAAUGUUUUUCUAAAUUCCCAGUAGUUUUGGGAAUUGGGACUGUGCUUUGUAGAUUUUGUGGUGAUUUAAUCCUCUCAGACAAAUUGGUCAGAUCAUAUUUCUCAUUAAACUUAGUUCAUUGCUGUUUGAUCUAAAUGUUAUAAAGUCUUUUAACUGUUUAAAAUCUGGAAUGCAAAUAUUUCAUGCCUUUUGGAUGUAUAUUUUAGUUGUAUGUCUGAUUAUGGAGUUAGAUUUAGCUUUCUAAUCUGUGCUGAGUGUGCUUUGAGGAAGUGUGUGUGUAAGUUUUUUUGAGGUUUUUUUAUUAAUACAAUUUAAAUGGAAGGAAAUUGUUGUGAAUUUAAUAUUUGGAAGGUCAGAGAGAAUUGCUUGCAAUUCUUUUCAGGAUACAUUUCUAUAAAUUACUUGAGCUAGGAUAUAUGUUUGGCUUCCUCCUCUCAGAAAUAACUGAUCUGAAUCCGUCUGACUAUCAGCUGAUAGUUCGAUGCCUUACCAAUGAGCUGCGUAAUGUACCUGGAAUAGCACUUUCAACAAAAGGCCUUCACACCGAGUUAGUAAUGUAGAUGUUUGGCAGAAGAAGUAAAAGAAAUUCACCAAAAAAAUUGCCACAAAUGUUUAAUUCCCUUUUUAUUAUAGAAUAUAAAUUUUCUAUAUUUUCUGGGCUCUAAAGCAUAAUGCUAUCUUCCUCUUACAGAGGGUCAAAUUCCUUCAUACGUGUCAUAAAUUUUAAGUAACCACAAAUACCUGUACAAUCAGUAAUACAACAUUUUCUCUGAGCAUGUGCCCUUGUUUAGGGAGUGCUACCACAUCACUGAAAAUCUAAAAUUGUCUAAAUUUCCACGUCUGGCAUCAUUAUUUAAGUAAAUACUGCAAGUUAGGCUAAUUAACUAUUUCCAUAAUUCCAUUUUUUUCUUAAUCACAAAACAUUUUUGUCUGUCCCGGCUUUAAGAUUUAUAAAACAGAAAUAUAAAUCAAAAAUUGUUUAUCCUUGUAUACUAAACUGAAGUUGAGAAGUGAAUUUCGCGUACUUCAUCAAUAGGGUGUGACGAAAGAAGGUGAGGGGGCAACCAUUAUCUUUGUAGUGAUCAUGUACAUAAGUAGACCACAACUUAAACUCAAUAUUUAUCCUGUUAAAUUUUUUUUGAGUUAUUCUUUACUCAUGUUGUAUCGAGUUAAACAUUUUUAUAUGUAAGGAUAUGCUGAUGUGUCCAGGCAUAAAUCAUUUUACAGAUGUUUUGUUUAGAGCCAAAAUGAAAAAACAAUGACUGGACCACGUUUCUGUUUAUAAGACAUUUGGUAAUAAGUUUAAGGGAAAACAAGAAAAUAAAAACAUGGCCAAUAUACCGUGAACAUGCGGGUAUGUAAAGCCGGUUAAACUUUAGCCCAAAGAUGUGUGGUUGUGUGUGAUGUCCAUGUGUCUGGUGCCUUUACAAUGACAUAUAUUCUUAUUUGUGCCACAUUUUAAUUAUUUAUACCUAAAGUAUUCUGUAAGUUCCUGGGUAUUCACCUUGCAACAUAUCAUAUAUACUUUUAAAAACUCGUUACCAUAUUGGGAUUAAUGCACAACUUUGAGGAUUUAUUCUUAUUAAUUUUGUAAGUUCAUAGACUGUAGCAAUAAUAUGGCAAGCAAUUCUACCUCAUAAAGAUUAAGGGGAAUGCCACUGAAUUCUGGCAUUGAAAUUAUCUUCUUCAUAGUCAUAAACAAGAGACAUUUGGUCCUGCAAAUUUAACCUUGAUGUCAUACUAAUGUGCAGCUCUAUGACAUGAGAAAGAUAUAGGAAUAGGUUCAAUAAUAACUGCGUCAUCCUACAUGACUUUGGGUUAGAACAAACUAUAUAAUAAGAAAAAUUGGAGGGUUAACAUGUCUGCAAAGUCUUUUAUUUACUGUCAGAAAAUCAACUCCUGGCUGUGCAUCUGGAUGACAUCACAGAUUAAGUUCUCUGGCUUUGAGAUGUAUGAAGUAGUGGUUCAUCAGUGGCCUGCAAGUAGUUAUAUUUGUCUUUUCUGCAUGUGUGAAUCGAAUUCAUAAAUUUAGUGGUAUUUCCCUUAAGUUAGUUAAUACUUGAGAUAAUUCCAUAUCUAUUUAGUUUUAUUUAAAUAAGCUACACUUAGUGAUUCUUGCCAGUGAAGAUCAGUAGAUUCUCAAAAUGCUUUUAAGUACCGAAGGUAUUUGGAGGAAUGGGGUGUCUGAAAAUGUCCAAACCCCUAAAAUUCCUUCUUACUUCCUGUAAAACUUGAGGUUGGGUGGUUUCAAGUCUUUUGUAUGUUGUACAGUUGUUCUAAACUUACUUCAUGUUUUAAUCCUUUUGUUUUGAGUUGAACUGAUGUUGAGGUUUUUGUUCUCUUACAAUGUGUAUUUACUGUCUUUCAUGUUGUGGGUUUUGCUUAAUUUUUUUAGUGCUGUGGUAAAUCCUGUGGAUUUUAAAACGUAUCGGCAAUGCCAGUCAUAGUGAUAUUGUUAUAAGACAUCUGGUCUUGUAAUGUCAGAACAGAUUCACACUGGAUCUAUUUGUACCUUAAUUUUAAGAAUUUCGUACAUACAUGUACAUUGAGUUUUUAGAUAUGAUGUCAUUUUCUUGAGGAAAAUGGUGCUCACUAAAUACUUGAUUUACAGUAGGCUAUUUAAUAAGCAAGGUGUUUCACACCUAAUCUCACACCUCAUAUGGUUGCAGUAGGGUAUUUAGAUAUUAGAUACAGGAAUACAGGGAUACUUUCUUGUGCUUGCAUGAGAGACCUUCAUUAUUACUGCUGAUGAGUAGUAUCAGAAUGUUUAUACUAGCUUUGGGUCAAAUAUGCUGGGUUAGGUCUGAGAGAACACUAAUUGACAACUUUUUUUCAACAGAUCCUCAGGGGCGCUGAUAUUUUGCAGACUGCACCUGAAAUAAUCACUUCAUUCUUUCUUUUUCUUUAGGUCACAUUCACAUCAACAGAGUGGUGUCUCAAGCAGUCAUCAGUGUGGUUGCUAGCCCCAAACGCAAAGUUAAUGGACGAUACCAAGGGCUUAGCAUGUUUUAGCAAAUCAACAAUGUCGGUCUUAAAUAGGUUAGAAUUUACUACUGACCAUCUUACAAAUUAUACAUUUUGAAAUAUGCUUCAAAGCAGCUGUUGGUUUUUGUUUGUCUGCACUUUGCUUCAGACAUUUGAAACCUGCUAAAGCUGGGCUUUCUUUUUGUGAAAGUUAUAAUAGUUUCAUGAUAAUGUUUGAUCUCUGUUAGUUGUUCCUUGAUGCAUUUUGGUUCUUAUGAAAAGCUUCAACACAUGGAAUUGGAGUUGCGCAGUUUAUUGUUGAUGCGCUAAACUAGCCCCAGUUUAUAUCUCUUAUGUAAUCAUCUGUGGUCUACUUUGAUAAAAACCUAGCAGGUCAUUUAACAUCAUUUAUUGCUGCUUUCAAGACAUUUCCAGAUUACUUUAAAGACUUUUCUAUCCUGCUGGUAUAAAAAAUAAUUUAUCUGCUGCAUGUUUUAUACAGCACAUCACUAACACUUAAAAGGUUUUCAUCCAACUCUUUCUGAAGUUGUGCUAAACAACUAAGGAGAUAUAGUAUGUCAUCUCCAGUUUUUGUCUUGUUUGGUUCAAUAGUUGCACCUCAUUUAAGUUUCCUUUACUAUACACCAGAUGGAAUAUUUUUAUACCAGCAAAAUGUGGCAUUAAGUGUUGUCAAAUGACCUGGAGUUUUGGGUUUUUUUUCUAAUUUGCCCUGUAUUUAUCUUUUAGGUAGUCACUGGCUUAACUCUGUUGCUCUUAAAGUAGUCACUGAUGCAAAAAUCUUAGAAGUAGAUGUAUUGAUUACAUAAGAGGUAUAAAUAGGUUGAGCAGAAGCACGCAGAAGCAUUGGUAUGGUCCAACACUUGUGGUGCUGCUGGUUUAAUCACACUGGGCUGUUUGAGGUUGUACCUGCAAAACUAUGACCUCUCAGAUUAACAUGUUCAUUUUUCAACAGCAUACUGGUGGGAACAGCCGUUUACCAGCUUUAUCCAUGACACUGCUUUGUCACUUUUCUUGCCUUAACUCAUUCACUUCACGCUUGGAUUCUUUUACAGCAAUGCAGCCUGCAGCCUUGGGAUGAAGACUUUACUUAAACUUAUUUCCCUCACUAAGUAGAUGUUGCUGCAUUCAGAGUAUUGGGCCUGCCACAUUUCCUCCCAUUAUGCUUUUCCUGCCAUCACUGUUCUUCCAGCUUUCAUAUAUUUUUACAGUUGCUCAUCUUUUCCUUGAUGCUGCUGUUGUUGAAUGAACUUAAGACUUCUGUAUCAAGCAGGGUGGCCUACCUGGAUUACCAUUGUUUGUUAGCCCAGUGGCUGGAGGUUUCCAUCUCUGUGACGACAGCCGGGUUCACAGAUCAGACACGUAACUGUAAAGCCGCUUUAUGGCUUUCACUGCACCAAAGGUCAUCCCAGCUUCUUGACAUUCAUUAUUUGGUUGGAUUUUGAAAAAGACACUACAGUGGUUUCCUCAUCUCGAACAGUAUGGUGCACCAAAUAAUGACUGAAAAUCCGACCUAUUGAGUUUUGACUGAAACUGUUGACAAAACAUCUUGUCAUGUAUUUUCACCCUUCACACUGAUGUAUCAUAUGAAGGUGGUUUAUGUUGGAAUAUUCUGAAAUCACUGUGAAAGUACUUCUGAUACUGUAAACUCUGUUUUUUGUAAAAAGGAAAAAUGAAACUCAAUAUUUUUUUAAAGAGAUGAAAUGUAUCAAAUUUGUCGCCAGAAGCUAAAGGAAAAUAAAUUUUUUGCACACA